UGAAAGCAAACGCAACUGUCUUGCAUAAAGAACUAUCUAAGAACGAACUACCUCAAGUAACACCCAUAACAGACCACCCACAUACUGAGAAGGGGGACCCGCCAGCAAGGACAGAGAAGACUGAGUUCAGUCAGUGGAGGGCGAGUGGAGGACGCCAUUGAAACCGAGAACUGACAGACUUGAAAUUUGUAGCGAAAGGAUAACUAUGAAAUGGGGAAAAUUCAACAACCAUUUCUACGUUGAAUUAAAGUUGUAGUGCCAAUGAACACAACUUUCGUUGCCAGUUCGUGGGAGAUGACGGUCCUCAACGCUGUUCUAGAGUCCCCUGGUAUGCCCUGUCUCCUCCGGCAGCCCAGCACCUCACCAUGAAUGCUAGCGGGAAUGUCUCCACUGCGGGAAACGCCACAGCUGCGUGGGACGCUGGUGGGGGCCCGGUGGUGCUGGAGUCAGUGUUCAUCGUCACCAUCGCCCUCCUGGCCUGCCUGGGCAACUUCCUCAUCGUGGCCACUCUGUACCGCAGGCCCUACCUCCUCACACCCAGCAACAAGUUUGUGUUCAGCCUGACCCUGUCCAACCUGCUGCUGUCAGUGCUGGUGUUGCCCUUUGUGGCGGUGAGCUCAGCACGGCGGGAGUGGGUGUUUGGUGUGGUGUGGUGCAACUUUACCGCCCUGAUCUACCUGCUCAUCAGCUCGGCCAGUAUGCUGACCCUGGGGGCCAUCGCCAUUGACAGGUACUAUGCUGUACUGUACCCCAUGAUCUACCCCAUGAAGAUCACAGGCAACCGGGCGGUGGUGGCAAUCGCCUAUGUGUGGCUGCACUCCCUGGUGGGCUGCCUGCCACCCCUCUUCGGCUGGUCCUCCUUCGAGUUCGACCGCUUCAAGUGGACAUGCGUGGCGGCCUGGCACCGCACCCCUGCCUACACCGCCUUCUGGGUCACCUGGUGCAGCCUGCCGCCACUGCUCGCCAUGUUGGCCUGCUACGGCGUAAUCUUCCGCGUGGCACGCCUCAAGGCCCGCAAGGUGCAUUGUGGGACGACUGUGGUCGCGUCUUCAGAAGAAACGUCAUCUGGUGCUCAGAGGAACGACCAGCGUAAAAACUCAUCUACGUCCACGUCGUCCAAUGGAAGCCGGUGGAGUUUAGUGUAUGCUGGGAGCCAGUGCAAGGCUUUCGUCACCAUUAUGGUGGUGAUCGGGACCUUCCUGGUGACCUGGGGCCCCUACGUGGGGGUGGUGUGUACAGAGGCCCUGUGGGGUCAGGGUAGCGUGUCCCAGGGCCUGGAGACCCUGGUGGCUUGGCUGUCCUUCUGCAGCGCCGUCUGCCACCCGCUCAUCUACGGCCUGUGGAACAAGACUGUGCGCAAGGAACUGCUGGGCAUGUGCUUCGGGGAUCGCUACUACCGCGUGGAGUCGUUCGCCACACGCCACCGCACGUCACGCCUCUUCAGCAUCUCCAACCGCAUCACAGACCUGGGCAUGUCCCCUCACCUGACGGCCAUGUUGGUGGGAGGAGGGCAGCUCCUGGCCCCCGGCAGCAGCACUGGAGACACUGGCUUCAGUUUCACUCAGGACUCAUGUACAGACGUGAUGCUGCUUGACAACUUCUCCACAGAUGGCUCCUCCCACAUUGGAAGCGUGGCCGUAAAGAGGCGGAGCUCGGUCACCUUUGAAGACGAGCAACAGCAGAAUUCCAAAGCUGCAGAGAGCACCACCAUCCCUUCUACUGUCCAGGUCCAAGUAGAGAUACACAAAUCUCUGGACACCUUCGCCUCCUGCCUGGCCAGGGCCAUCGAAAGCGACGCUAAGCUCACCCUCUUUGGCGAGGACACACCCCUAUCUGGGGUGUUGUUUGCGGCUGCGGCGAGGGGGGCACAGAGGCCCCGUUACCUUGACGGUCAGAGACUGAGGCUGGAGAGCAUCGAUGAAGGGAUCGUCAAAGACGACAGAGAAGACCAAGAGAGGGAGAAUGCAUAGAACAAAUAUCCCUUUUCUUCUUUUAGGUACCUAAGAGUUUAUGGUACAUUGGGCAUUGCAUACUUUAUAAUUUUUGAACUCAGUACGCACAGUGUAUAUAUUUAAAAUAGACAUUUAUAACAAUGCAAGGCUUUUGCCAGUUACAGUGCAUGCCUCUGUAUCUAUUCUCAUGUGAAUAGAUACUUCACAUUUACAAGUGGGCCCAAUGACCAAUUUUCAUACGUUGAAAUCUUAAAUAGCAUUACAAACUAAGGACAUUUUUGGACCAAAUGCGUGCCAUAUAUUGAGUGCCUUGCUAGUUGUACUAUAUAUACACCUCUGUUAAAUAGGAAGCCUUAACUACUGUAUCUUGACGGUUCAAUGUUUGUAUUUUCAUUGGAAAGAUUUUGUUUAUACCUAUGAUAAUGUCUUAAGCCACUUAUUCCUUAUUUUCUUUCCAUGCUUAAAGACAGCCUCUUGCUGUUGUGAACAGAUAAGUCUGUUGUGGAGUUUUAGAUGGGGGGUGCGUUCAGCCGGGAACAACGUUGUGGAACGUUCAUAUAGAAAUGUUUUAUGUAGAACGAACAUGCAGCAGCAUACCACCCUGCAUACCACUGCUGGCUUGCUUCUGAAGCGAAGCAGGGUUGAUCCUGGUCAGUCCCUGGAUGGGAGACCAGAUGCUGCUGGAAGUGGUGUUGGAGGGCCAGUAAGAGGCACUCUUUCCUCUGGUCUAAAAAUUAUCCCAAUGCCCCAGGGCAGUGAUUGGGGACACUGCCCUGUGUAGGGUGCCGUCUUUCAGAUGGGACGUUAAACGGGUGUCCUGACUCUCUGAGGUCAUUAAAGAUCCCAUGGCACUUAUCGUAAGAGUAGGGGUGUUAACCCUGGUGUCCUGGCUAAAUUCCCAAUCUGGCCCUCAAACGAUCACGGUCACCUAAUAAUCCCCAUUUUACAAUUGGCUCAUUCAUCCCCCUCCUUUCCCCUGAAACUAUUCCCCAGGUCGUUGCUGUAAAUGAGAACGUGUUCUUAGUCAACUUACCUGGUAAAAUAACAGAUAUAAAACAUGCCUCAAUGACAUGUCAAGUAAGGGAUCAUGUCAGUUCUAUUCAUGACAUUUCUAUCUGCAACCUUUCACAACAUUUGCCAACUAAACGUGGCCAGGUAUUCCCGGGGGGAGAACUUCCUCGUUCUCAGAAGCUGUAAUGCUUUUGGAGCAUUUGACCAACUUCCUCUAUUCUUCAACAUUUCACAGUACGGCAUGUGAAAACAUUCCUUAUAAGAUAAUGUACAUUUGAAUGCACUUGAAUAAUGCAGUACCCAGAGUAUGAAUCCGUCCCCUUCUGAUUUGUAUGUUGUUUUGGAAAGCCGUGACUUAUCAAGUACACUAUAUAUAUACAAAAGUAUGUGGACACCCAUUCAAAUUAGAGGGUUCGUCUAUUUCAGCCAAACCCGUUGCUGACAGGUGUAUAAAAUCGAGCAUACAACUGUGCAAUCUCCAUAGACAAACAUUGGCAGUUGAAUGGCCUUACUGAAGAGCUCAGUGACUUUCAACGUGGCUCCGUCAUAGGAGAACGCUACCUGCCCCAAUGAGUAUUUUAUCAGACUGACAAAGUCAAGCACAUAAUAGGACACCAUAUAGCCACUUACUGUAUUUUUCAAAAAUGUUACUCUGUUGGUUAGGAUUUCUGGUCAUGUGGGCUCUCGAUGUCCCUGUAGCGAGGGACACCUAGCCUGAUCCCAGAUCUGUAAAUGCUGCUUCAGUCAACGCCUCUGACUGUGCUUUCAAGCACAUACUGAUCUGAAGCCAGGCUAAGGUUACCAUCCCUUGUUCAAACACUAUAGCUUUCACAUAUCUAACACGUUAUACAUUCUGAAUCACUUCACUAGAGCACCAUUUCUCACCCUGAGAGAAUCACUGUCGAUCCUAUUAGCAAUUUGUGGUGUUUACCUCAGAACUGAGUGUUCCACUCAGCGGCCAGUUUAUUAGGUGCACUCGUCUAGUACCGGGUCGGGACCCACCUUUUGCUUCCAGAACAGCCUGAAUUCUUUGGGGUAUAGAAACAUUGCUCAAUUGGUAUCUAGGGAUCUAAUGUUGGCCAGGAAAGAAAUCCCCACACCAUUACACCACCAACAGCCUGUACCGUUGACACCGGGCAGGAUGGAACCAUGCACUCAUGCUGCUGACACCAGAUCCUGACUCUGCCAUCGGCAUGUUUUUCCAUUCAAUUGACCAGUGUUGAUCGCGUUCCCACAGGAGCUGCCUCUUUUUGUUUUUAGCUAAAUAGAGUGGAACCCGGUGUGGUCAUAUUCUUCAAUAUCCGUGACAAGAACCAACGAGUUGUGCGUUCCAAGAUGCCGUUCUGCACACCGCUGUUGUACUGCGCCGUAAUUUGCCUGUUUGUGGCCUGCCUGUUAGCUUGCAUGAUUCUUGCCAUUCGACCUCAUCAUCGAGCUGUUUUCUGCCACAGGACUGCUGCUGACUGAAUUUUUGUUGUUGUUGGGUCGCACCAUUCUAGGUAGACCCUAGACACUGUCGUGCGUGAAAAACCCAGAAGGCCGGCCAUUUCUGAGAUUCUGGAACCGGCGCGCAUGUCACCGAUGAUCAUACCACGCUCAGUCGCUUAGGUCACUUGUUUUGCCCAUUUGAACGUUCAAUCAAACAGUAACUGAAUUUCUCAAUGCCUGUCUGUCUGCAUUAUAUAGCAAGCCACGGACACGUGACUCACUGUCAGUAGAAGAAAACCAUUUAUGAAAAGGGUGUUGUACCUAAUAAACUGGUCCUCGUGUAUAUCUGUAUUUAUCUGUGUGUCACUGUCCCAGUAUGGUACUGCAUUGUUAGAGCAAUACUCCAGAACGUAAGGUAUUAUACACUUUUGAUUUCCACUAAGGGCUGGAUUCAUUCCGUAUCAAAUUAGAUUUGCAUUUAUAGUGUGAUUUAAAUUUAAAGGCUGUUCCCGCAUUCGCAGAGAUUGCAUACACAGUAAACAAUGCAUAUGUUAGCUCAAUCGGAAAUUACCUUUACAUUUUAAAGCGGAUCCUCCAUGAUUUGGACUGAAUCCAGCCCUAAGAUAUUUUGUACUGUUGUAUUAAAGUUUUUUUAUACAUA